UUCUUAUUUUAGCUGGCUCCUGACCUGAGGGCAUUUUCCACCUAAUAUGAAAUCAGCUGAGAGGACGAUCAAUGAGGACAGAGGGAGAGAAGCGAGGGAAAGAGAGGAAGAGAACGAGGGAGAGAAUGGAGGGAUGAUGUACAGUAUCUAUCCAAAUCCAUGGAGCCAAAGGGGGGGGGGUGAUAGAGAUGAGAGAUGAGUGAGAUGAGAGAGAGAGAUGAGAGAGAGAGAGAUACUGUACAGUAUCAGUGGGUUCUGCAGCCAGAGAUCCAGUAGUCAUCGUGGAAGGCUGGACACCAGAGCCCUGCUAGAGUGGAUUUGUGCAGCAGUGUAGGAGGUUAGCCGUGUAGCCGUAAAGGAGUGCUGGAGGCAGUGCAUCUCUGCAGAGCUACAACCUGGCCUGUGGAAGAGCUGUCCUGGAGUGUUUCUCUGUCUGUACCAUUAACAGCCUGGGAGAGAUGGACAGUCACAACCACAGCCACAGGAGGCAGGAGGCUCAGUCCACUGACAUGGAGUUGAGGAUCCUGGUGGUGGGGUCCAGUGGACCGUCUCAGUUCUCCCUGACCAACUCUAUCCUGGGGCGGGAGGAGUUCUCCAAGGACGUCACCAGCAUCGUCCAGAGCAGGAAGAACCUGGGGGACGUUGCCGGGACGCGUGUUGCUGUGGUCAACGGACCCAACCUCUACGGGAAGCACCUGUCCCGCACCAAGAUGAAGACAGAGAUGAAGAGGUGCAAGUGUCUGUCAGCCCCUGGCCCUCACGCCCUGCUCAUGGCCUUUGACCUGGAGCAGAUCUGCCCCAACGACGUCAAGACGCCCAAGCUGAUGGUGAAGCGUUUCGGUGAAGAUGCACUUUCCCACACCAUAGUCCUCCUGGCCUACGAGGGGGACGUAGACAUUCUGGCCCUGGAGAACCGGGUCAGUACCGACUGGCACAUCCGGGAGCUCAUCGAGCAGUGCGGCGGGCGCUACCACGUCUUCAACAAGAACUGGAGGGACCGUUCUCGAGACAAGGAGCUCCUCCAGAAGAUUGAACGGAUGCUGGCGACCCUGGACGGGCAGCACUACACCAGCCGCUCUUAUGGGCAAGCGGAGGAGAGCGUGAGGAAGGAAGAGAGGAAACUGCUGAAGAAGAGGGCGGCGGAGACGGAGGAGGCGUGGAGGGAGCUGGAGCAGCAGUACCGGGGGGAGGCGCUGCGCUGGCAGAUGGAUGCCUACAACAACAACGUGGGAGCAGAGAUCAGGGCUAAAGCCGAGAUGGACAACGGAUGGUUGAGGACGUCGCUCGCCGUAGGGGCGGGGUUGGGGCUGGCCGCGGGGGCCGCCAUGGGGAUGGCGAUGGGGGCGGUGGCGGGAGCGACGGGGAUGACGGUGGGAGGGGCUUUCGGAGGGUUGAUGGGCGGGUCGGCGGGUGGGACGGCCCAGGUAGCGAUAGAACACCUGGAGGACAGAGUGGGACCACACGCUACUAACUUCAACACGGUUUUCAUCAACCGCUUCUUCAGACCACCACGGUCAUGACAUGGAGGAAGUGUUUAUGACUGGAACCAGGUAGUAGUUACUGGAACUGGUACUGAUUGUGUGAUAGAUGGUCUCUAUUUGACUCAACUCUAAACCACUGCUACAAUAUGCUGCAUUCGUGACAGGAACUCGGAACCUAGGAGUGAACAUUAACCUAAGUUUUUUGCGUAGAGCUUCCUAUUGGUUCAUUCUGAUACUUUCCAAGUGGGAAACUCAGGUGUCAUCUCUCUACGAGUUUUCAAGUACUAGUUACCUAGCAACAGUAUGUGUGUGUACCUGUAUAGAGAAUAUCCUCUUAAUUCUUAUCGCAAGUCGAGGUAGUAUUUUAGGAUUAUACUGAGUAGAUAUAGGUUCACUUGAAAUAGUUAUACUUUACCAUGAGGCUAUUUAUUCAGUAGACUGCUAUAUGGACAGGUUGAGGCUAUUUAUUCAGUAGACUGCUAUAUGGACAGGUUGAGGCUAUUUAUUCAGUAGACUGCUAUAUGGACAGGUUGAGGCUAUAUAUUCAGUAGACUGCUAUAUGGACAGGUUGAGGCUAUAUAUUCAGUAGACUGCUAUAUGGACAGGUUGAGGUUAUUUAUUCAGUAGACUGCUAUAUGGACAGGUUGAGGCUAUUUAUUCAGUAGACUGCUAUAUGGACAGGUUGAGGCUAUAUAUUCAGUAGACUGCUAUAUGGACAGGUUGAGGCUAUAUAUUCAGUAGACUGCUAUAUGGACAGGUUGAGGCUAUUUAUUCAGUAGACUGCUAUAUGGACAGGUUGAGGCUAUUUAUUCAGUACACUGCUAUAUGGACAGGUUGAGGCUAUAUAUUCAGUAGACUGCUAUAUGGACAGGUUGAGGCUAUUUAUUCAGUAGGCUGCUAUAUGGACAGGUUGAGGCUAUAUAUUCAGUAGACUGCUAUAUGGACAGGUUGAGGCUAUUUAUUCAGUAGACUGCUAUAUGGACAGGUUGAGGCUAUUUAUUCAGUAGACUGCUAUAUGGACAGGUUGAGGCUAUUUAUUCAGUAGACUGCUAUAUGGACAGGUUGAGGCUAUUUAUUCAGUAGACUGCUAUAUGGACAGGUUGAGGCUAUAUAUUCAGUAGACUGCUAUAUGGACAGGUUGAGGCUAUUUAUUCAGUAGACUGCUAUAUGGACAGGUUGAGGCUAUUUAUUCAGUAGACUGCUAUAUGGACAGGUUGAGGCUAUUUAUUCAGUAGACUGCUAUAUGGACAGGUUGAGGUUAUUUAUUCAGUAGACCGCUAUAGUGCCUUCAGAAAGUAUUCACACCCCUUGACUUUUUUCCACAUUUUGUUGUGUAUCAAGGUGGGAUUAAAAUGGAUUUAAUUGUAAUUUAUUGUCAACGAUCUACACAAAAUACUCUGUAAUGUCAAAGUGGAAGAAAAAAAUCUAAAAAUUGUAAAGAAAUUAUGAAACGUUAAACACUAAUAGAUCUUGAUUAUUUAAGUGUUCAACCCCCUGAGUGAAUAAAUGUUAGAAUCACCUUUGGCAGCGAUUAUAGCUGUGAGUCUCUAAGAGCUUUACACACCUGAAUUGUACAAUAUUUACACAUUAUUCUUUCUAACAUUCUUCAAGCUCUGUCAAGUUGGUUGUUGAUUAUUGCUAGACAGCCAUUUUCUAGUCUUGUCAUAGAUUUUCAAAAAGUUUUAUGUCAAAACUAUAACUAGGCCACUCAGGAACAGUCUAUGUAAUUUUGGUAAACAACUCCAGUGAUUUUUUGGCCUUGUUUUUAAGGCUAUCGUCCUGCUGAAAGGUGAAUUGUUCUCUCUGUCUGUUGGAAAGCAAACUGAACCUGGUUUUCCUCUAAGAUUGUACCUGUGCUUAGCUCUAUUACAUUUAUUUUUUAUCCCAAACAAAACUCCCUAGUCCUUGCUGAUGACAAGCAUACUCUUAACAUGAUGCAGCCACCACCAUGCUUGAAAAUAUGAAGAGUGGUACUCAGUGUGGGGUUGGAUUUUCCCCAAACAUAACGCUUUGUAUUCAGGACAUAAAGUACAUUUCUUUGCAACGUUUACCUUAGUGCCUUAUUGCAAACAGGAUGUAUGUUUUUAUUAUUUUUAUUCUGUACAGGCGUCCUUAUGUUCACUCUGUCAUUUAGGUUAGUAUGGUGGAGUAACUACAAUGUUGUUGUUUGUUUAUUUAUUUGUUUGGGGGGUAGAUCAUCUUUACUAUUGCAGAUAGAUUGUAGGUUUUAUCAAUUUAAUUGUUUGCAUAAUUUCCAAUCCCCCUUAUUUUUUUUAUUUUUUUUUGCUCACAUCUGCGGUACCUGUAGUUAAAUAAUUAUACAUAUAUUCCUCAUUUCCUCUUUCUUCAAGUGCUGGAUUUUCACCCACAGCGGCCAACCCACCAUUCAUUCUGAUGUUAACUCCAACCCUCCGACGUCCACAGAUUAACCCAUAUUUCCCAGAAUAAUGCCAUUUAGCUAUUUCCUUUAGCAAUACAUCCCUCCAUUUUACUGUGAUGUCUUACGAGGAUCCUGAACCUUCCUAUUUGUAACAUUUAUACCGAUAUUGCCCUAAAAAUCAAUACUUUACCACAGAGAAUGAUAAUAUUUCCCAUUGACUGAUGGUGGUUUUUCAGCGCCCCUAACAAUACAGUUUUGCAGGUCCAUCUGAACCCUGAUACUAUGACAUAACAACCAUUCCUGGACCUGACUCCAAAAGCGAGCCACCGAUGGACAGUACCAGAAGAUAUGUUUUAUUGGUUGUGUUUCCUUGUGGCAGUCUGCACAAGGCUGACUGUUCAGUGCCCCAUACUGCCCUACCAAGCAGAAAGGCAGCAACUGCUCAUAGUGUGGAACUGAGAAAAAUGUAUUUUAUUUACCUUGGUUUCACAGUAACCUAGUACAAUUACUGCUAAUUUGACCCCCAUAUGACCCCCAUAUGACCCCCAUUUGACCCCCAUUUGUCCACAUGAUUAAGCGUGUAUUUAAUGUAGAAAAAAAUGACAUGAACUAAUUUUCGACCAAAUCAGCAGUUACUGCCUUUUGCUUGGUAGGGCAGCAUAUAUUGAGCAUUCUUUUUGUAGCAAGUAUUUUACUGUAUAUAAUAGCUUCAAUUGAAAUGAACAGAUUGAUGUGUCAAUUGUUUUUUUAAAUGUCAGUUCUUAGACUCGUUCAGAAAAACCUGUUCCCAAUGUACUUGAAUUUCUUAUGGUAUUGCUGUCAAACACGUUUGACUUUCCUGCUAGAGCCAUGAUGAAAUAUAUAAACUGUAAUAUCACUACAUAAUAAAUCAGCAACUCCUCCCUUAAAUGGAUCGCUGUUUCCCGUUCCUCAGUUUCUAGAUUCUAUCUAUUUUGCUAAGUUUUCAAUCAAAGUUAAUAGUUACAAGAUCUCUAAGCUUUUCUGGGAUACGUACAUCAAGCACAUGAACUUCACCGUCUGCCUAUUUAACCGGGAGACCUCAUCAAAUCAAAUUUCACUGGUCACAUACACGUGUUUCGCAGAUGUAGCGAAAUGCUUGUAAUGACAAUUUAAAGUUUGUAUCUUUUAGAGACUAUAUGUAACAGUAUAACUUUAGACCGUCCCCUCGCCCCGACGCCGCCGUUUUGUGGAGCGAUGGGUAACGAUGCUUCGUGGGUGACUGUUGUUGAUGUGUGCAGAGGGUCCCUGGUUCGCGCCCGGGUCGGGGCGAGGGGACGUACUAAAGUUAUACUGUUACAUAUAUCCAUAAUAUAGUGUACUCAUCAGAGUUGGGUUUUAGAGAAACUGGAGACAUUAUCCAGGUCCUCAAUGAGGCCCUUCAAGGUUGAAGAUUGAGGAAUCAAGAGAAAUCUUGAAUCACCGGAAUACAUUGAUACUUUUGUCUCUAUUGCCUUACUUUUUUGCCUCUUAAUGUUAUCAUUAGACCUUAAUGUUAUCAUUAGACCUUCAUGUUAUCAUUAGACCUUCAUGUUAUCAUUAGACCUUCAUGUUAUCAUUAGACCUUCAUGUUAUCAUUAGACCUUCAUGUUAUCAUUAGACCUUCAUGUUAUCAUUAGACCUUCAUGUUAUCAUUAGACCUUCAUGUUAUCAUUAGACCUUCAUGUUAUCAUUAGACCUUCAUGUUAUCAUUAGACCUUCAUGUUAUCAUAAGACCUUCAUGUUAUCAUUAGACCUUCAUGUUGUCAUUAGACCUUCAUGUUGUCAUUAGACCUUCAUGUUAUCAUUAGACCUUCAUGUUAUCAUUAGACCUUAAUGUUAUCAUUAGACCUUCAUGUUAUCAUUAGACCUUAAUGUUGUCAUUAGACAGUUCUACUACAAUGUUAUUGAUCCAUCCUCAGUUUUAUCCUAUCACAGCCGUUAAACUCUGUAACUGUUUUAAAGUCAUCAUUGACCUCAUGGUGAAAUCCUUGAGCGGUUUCCUUCCUCUCCGGCAACUGAGUUAGAAAGGACGCCUGUAUCUUUGUAGUGACUGAGUUUAUUGAUACACUAUCCACAGUGUAAUUAAUAACUUCACCAUGCUCAAAGGGAUAUUCAAUGUCUGUUUUUAUAAAUUUACCUUUCUACCAGUAGGUGUCCUUCUUUGCGUGUCUUUGGAAAACCUCCCUGGUCUUUGUGGUUGAAUCUCUAAAAUUCACUGCUCAAUUUAGGGACCUUACAGAUAAUUGUAUGUGUUGUGUACAGAGAUGAGAUAGUCAUCCAAAAAGCAUUUUAACCACUAUUACGGCACACAGUGACUUAUACAACCUAUUAUGUGAAUUGUUAAGCAAAUAUUUACUCCUGAAAUUAUUUAGGCUUGCCAUAACAAAGGGUUUGAAUAAUUAUUGACUCAAGACAUUUCAGCUUUUCAAUUUUGUAUUAAUUUGUGAAAAUGUGGAAAAACCUAAUUCCACUCUGACAUUAUGGGGUAUUGUGUCUAGGCCAGUGACACAACCUCUCAAUGUAAUCCAUUCUAAAUCCAGACGGUAACACAACAACAUGUAGAACAAUCCAAGGGGUGUGAAUACUUUCUGAAGGCUGAAGUUGGCUUUGCGAUUCAUACAGGUACGUUUAUGUCAUACCAAUAGAUGUCACGCCAAGUCGUAGGGAGCUACAACAAUGUCAUACCAAACAUGCAUACAAUCCGUCAAAAAUGUAGAUAUUUAGGAGUGUUUUUGUAAGAUGUGAAAGUGUAAGAUCCCUAUGGGAUUUCUGUUAUGGAUCUCCAUUCAAUUCCCAAUAAACUGCCUGGCCAUUU